AUGUCUGCGCAGAGCGAAGAUGCGAGGUGUGCUGUCCCCCCCUCCUAUCGCCCCCAUGCCCCUUCCUUUGCCGCUCCCUCCUACGACCACCCCGACUGGAACCCCCGUCUCUGUGUGAUCUCCGGAAAUCAGCUCUACAUGUUGGACCAGGAGGAGGUACACCCUUUGUUGAUGCGCGAGCGGCGCUCCGAGUUGCACAGGAACAAGCUGCUGCGGAGGACAGUCAGCGUUCCUGUUGAGGGGAGGCACCAUCCAGAGAUGGAGAACGCUCGCGCCCGGCGGAAGAGCAUAGCCAACGUGAAGCAGCCAAGCAUGGAGAUCCCUCCCACUGCCCCCCCCCAACCCUUCCGACAAUCCGUGAGUACCCCUCCCUCCUACCGCCCUCGCUCGCUCCCCCCGUCCCUCUCUCUCUCCCUCCCUUCCCACUCCCCACCACACACCUGUCGCAGGGCCAGUGGAACCCCUCCCUUCCCCCUCGCCCUCUCACCCUCUCUCUCCCCCUCCCUCCCCCAUGGCCACUCCUGCCCUCAGCAACGCUACAAGAAAGGGGUCGGUACUCCCCCUCUCUCACUGCCCCUCUCCCCCUGCCUGUCCCUUAGUCUCCCCCACUCCCCCCCUUCUUCUAAUUGGCCGGGGGACUGGAGGGUUGCCGCUUCCAGCACAGUGACCGGACGCCAUAUUGCACCUCUUCCUCCGAUCGAGAGUUUCCUCAGUAGAAGGUUGAAGGGCUCUAUCAAGAGGGCUAAGAGUCAGCCCAAACUGGACCGCACCAGCAGCUUUCGACACAUGAUCCGCUUCCGUAGUGCCGACCAGGACAGAACGCGCCUGAUGCAGAGCUUCAAAGAGUCCCACUCCCAUGAGUCCUUGCUGUCUCCCAGCAGCGCAGCCGAGGCGCUGGACCUCACCCUGGACGAGGACGCCAUCAUCAAGCCCGUCCACUCCAGCAUCCUGGGACAGGAGUACUGUUUCGAGGUGACUACGGCUUCAGGAACCAAGUGCUUUGCAUGUCGCUCGGGUGCAGAGAGAGACAAAUGGAUCGAGAAUCUUCAGAGAGCUGUCAAACCCAACAAGGACAACAGUCGGAGGGUGGACAACGUGCUGAAACUCUGGAUCAUCGAGGCGCGGGAGCUUCCCGCCAAGAAGCGCUACUACUGCGAACUUUGUCUGGACGACAUGCUUUACGCACGCACCACCAGCAAGCCCCGGACUGACACCGUGUUCUGGGGUGAGCACUUUGAGUUCAACAACUUGCCAGCCGUGCGCAACCUACGCCUUCAUCUCUACAAGGAGACUGACAAGAAGAGACGCAAGGAAAAGAGCACAUACCUGGGACUGGUCAGUAUCCCUAUCUCCAGCAUCACGGGCCGACAGUUUGUGGAGCAGUGGUACCCGGUCAUCCAGCCUAGCGUCCUGGCCAAGGGGCAAGCAGGGGGCAAGAUGAUCAAUGCCUCCCUACGCCUCAAGUCCCGUUACCAGACCAUGAGUAUCCUGCCCAUGGAGCUGUACAAGGAGUUUGCCGAGUAUGUUACCAAUAACUACCGGACUUUGUGUGCGGUGCUGGAGCCUCUACUGAGCGUGAAGAGUAAAGAAGAGGUGGCCUGUGCGCUGGUCCACAUACUACAGAGCACAGGGAAAGCAAAGGAUUUUCUUUCGGACAUGGCGAUGUGUGAGGUAGAUAGAUUCACUGACCGAGAACACCUUAUCUUCAGAGAGAACACUCUGGCCACCAAAGCCAUAGAAGAGUACCUCAAGCUGAUUGGACAUAAGUACCUCAAAGAUGCAAUAGGGGAGUUCAUAAGGGCACUGUACGAAUCAGAAGAGAACUGCGAGGUGGACCCCAUGAGGACACCACCCUCUGUCCUUCCAGAUCACCAAGCCAAUCUCCGCAUGUGCUGCGAACUGGCACUCUGUAAAAUCGUCAACUCCCAUUGUGUGUUUCCUCGAGAGCUGAAGGAGGUGUUUGCCUCGUGGAGGGUGCGCUGUGCGGAGAGGGGGAGGGAGGACAUCGCAGACCGCCUAAUCAGCGGCUCCCUUUUCCUGCGCUUCCUGUGUCCGGCCGUCAUGUCUCCCUCCCUGUUCAACCUGACCCAGGAGUACCCAGACGAGCAGACGUCACGCACGCUCACCCUCAUCUCCAAAGUGGUGCAGAACCUGGCCAACUUCUCCAAAUUUGGUAUGAAAGAGGAGUACAUGUGCUUCAUGAAUGAGUUCUUAGAGAUGGAGUGGGGCUCCAUGCAACAGUUCCUCUAUGAGAUCUCCAACCUGGACAGUGUGAGCAACGCGGGGGGCUUCGAGGGCUACAUCGACCUGGGCAGGGAGCUGUCCAUACUGCACAGCCUCCUCUGGGAGGUCAUGGCCCAGCUCAGCAAGUCUUCUAACCCUAACCCACAGGAUGCUAUUAUCAAACUGGGUCCCUUGCCCCGCCUCUUGAAUGACAUCAGCAUGGCCCUGCGUAACCCCCACCUGCAGAGGCAGCCCAGCCAACAGAACCAGACAGAUAGAGUCCAUGAGAGACAGACGGAGAGGCUGCUGUCACGACCCAGCUUCCACAGGGGAGUCUCCUCGGAGUUCCAGAAUCUCAUGAUGAAGGAUCUCAACAGCUCCAUAGAUAUCACUCGCUUGCCUUCCCCUACAUCUGGUGUGUCCGGUGGGGGGGUCAUGCCGUCUCGUGCUCAUGCUCAGCUGAGUUUCCAAGAGCGUGAUCACCCACAUCGAGCCUCCAAAGACGUUUUCUAUGUAACCCGCCCUCCCUUGGCCCGAUCCAGCCCUGCCUACUGCACCAGUAGCUCUGAUAUCACCGAGCCAGACCACAAGGACUCCACAAUGAACAGCGUGUCUAACCUGCAGUCGGUGGCCAUGCUCAACUCCUCCCAGGCCUCCAUCACCGGCAUGGGCAGCUUCGGAGGGCUCAGCAGCCAUGGUGGAGGAGGCCUGGGCUCGGGCCUGAGCGGCCAGCUCCGGGCCGGGGGCCGCCACUCGGCCGGCUCGGGGGGAUCCAGCAUGUCAGGGGGCCUCCGGCUGAGCCAGUUGAGCCAGAUGGGCACCACCACCGACUCGCUGUCCCAGCAGCAGCAGCAGCAGGCCGCCGCCCUGAGAUACCCGCUCUCCUUCCAGAACCCCCUGUUUCACCUGGCCACCGGCACUGCAGAUGGACCCCACCUUCACCACCAGCACAGCAGGGCCCAUCUCCCGCCGCCCCUGCUCCUGGCCCCGGAGCCUGACCCCGGUGGCUCGCACCAGGCCUACAUCCCCCAGUUUGCCCACGGGGGGUUCUCCCGCAGCGAGGACCUGUCCACCCUAAGGACCGGGGCAGGGCACCUGGGGCAGCCAGCCAUUAUCCACUCACACAGCUAUAGCGACGACUACAGCAGGGCUGAUUACGCACGGCGGCAACUAUCCAUGCAUGGGCAGGAUAAUCUUCAACAGCAACAGCAGAUGGGCAUGGCCUCUCAGACUGGUACCUCCCACUCCUCCCUGGCCACACCCCCCUCCACAGUCCAGCCCGCACGCCAGAGCUCCAUCGCCCCGCCUUCCGCUCAACGCGUCAAAUCACAGACCUCCCAUCAGCUGUCUGUCAGUGCGGCUGCUGCUCCCACACCAUCCGCUAAGACACGACCGCCCAGUGCCAACCUAUCGCCAGAGUCGGGCUACGGAGGUCGGCAACAGGCACCGCGGCAACAGCUGUCGGUCAAAGACAACACAGCCCCUGGACUGCCCCACCAGCAGAGCUCUGUCAGGGAGAGCCAGGGCCCCCAGGGGCCACCGGGAGGCACUACAACGACCAUACAGCAAUUGCAGCAGCAGCAGCAGCAACAGCAACAGCAACAACAACAACCACAGCAACAGCAACAGCACCUGCUUAAACCUUCCAUCAGCAAACAGGGUUCUGGCCAGUCGCCUUCGACUCUUAACCCCCCGACCCCGGCCAAUGAGAGAACAGUCGCCUGGGUCUCCAACAUGCCUCACCUCUCCGCUGACAUUACUCUGGAGGCUAACCGCAUCGACCGCGAGGAGUUCAAGCUGAAGGAGUACUCCAAAAGCAUGGAUGAGUCUCGCUUAGACAGGGUAAAGGAAUACGAGGAGGAGAUCCACUCCCUAAAGGAGCGACUGAUCAUGUCCCACAGGAAGCUGGAGGAGUAUGAGAAGAGGCUCCUUUCCCAGGAGCAGCAGACCAGUAAGAUCCUCUCACAAUACCAGAGUCGCCUGGAGGACAGCGAGAGGAGGCUACGGCAACAGCAAGUGGAGAAAGACUCCCAAAUUAAAGGAAUAAUCAACAGACUUAUGGCUGUGGAGGAUGAGAUAAGGGGAGGAGCCGUGGUUGAGCCGCCAAAAGCUAACGUUAGGGUCUUCGCCGAUCAGGGGGCCCAGCAUUCCUCCCUGGGUUCAGCAGACCCCUGUGUGAAUACUGAAGGUGGAAGAGGAGGAGGAGGAGGAGAAGAAGGAGAAAAAGAAGGAGGGAUGACUACUGAUCCUGACCCUACUAUCUCUUCCUUGGGCAUCUCCUCCACUGGCUUGCCCCGGAACGAGAAUGGAGUCCCCUCCCCACCCGUAGACCCUCCUCCUCCCCCCACUCCUCAUCUCCACCCCAGUCCACCCCAGAAUGGAGAGCUCCGUGUCAACCCAACAUCCUCCCCAGUGACAAGCACGGAGGCAACUGAGAGCACUGCAACAGCAGGACUGGGCAUAGAGGAGAGGGAGCAGACUGAAAAGAGCUCCUUCCAUGUAACCUUGGUAAACUUCCUCGGUUUCGUACUGACACCUGGAGGGGUCAGCAUGGAUGAGAACAAAGUCCCCGCCGUCAGUAACUGGCCCAAACCCACCACCAUUAAGGAACUCCAACGUUUCAUUGGGUUCUCCAACUACUAUCGCCGGUUCAUUCGGAACUUCAGUUCUACUGCCGCUCCCCUCAGUGCCCUUACCAGCCAAAAAACCCGUACCCGUCAAUGGACUGAUACCGCCCUGACUGCUUUCAACAACUUGAAACGCCUAUUUACCUCAGCUCCUGUUCUUCGCCAACCUGAUCCGACUCUUCCUUUCACCCUGGAGGUGGAUGCCUCCGAAGUAGGAGCCAUACUCUCUCAGCGGGUGGGAACACCUUCAAAAUCACAUCCCUGUGCCUUCUUUUCAGGAAGUUAUCCUCUGCUGAGAGGAAUUACGAUGUGGGGAACAGAGAACUCCUCACCAUCAAGCUGGCCCUCGGAGUAG